CAAUCGCAUGAUCCUCUGAGCGCGUAGACCUGCUAGUAAUAACCUCAAAACUGAAUUUGUUUUAUCAUCUGCUGAUCUCCUGCCUUGUCUGAUUUCUUCUCAUCUUUAAGGAGCCAUAAGCUGCUGUCAUGUCUGAGGGACCGAGAAAGCCAAAAUACUCAGCAACACGCCGACUGCUCCUAAAGUCUAAGUUGCUAAAGAAAGCAGCUUCUAUGCUGGUGGCUGAAAUUGAAGAGAAAAAACUUGAGAAACAAAGAGUUGUGAGUGAAUCCUAUCCUCCACUGAAGCUCUCAGGCCUGUCAGUCCAGCAGCUUCAGGACCUCUGCAAAGACCUCCAUCAAAAGAUUGAUGUUGUGGAUGAGACGCGCUACGAUAUGGAAGUAAAAGUGGCCAAAAAUGAGAACGAGAUCGAGUCCUUGAGGCAGAAGAUCGUUAAUCUGAAAGGCAUCAAGAGGCCCAGUUUGAAGAGGGUGAAGAAAACGACAGAUGACGUGCUGGGCGCGUACACCGAUGCCUCCAAACUCAUGAAGGCUGACUUCAAGGCCAACCUCAAGACUGUGAAGAAAGAUGAUGAAAAGAGGGAAGAAGUGACGGACUGGCGCAAGAAUGUGGAGGCUAUGUCUGGCAUGGAGGGCAGGAAGAAGCUGUUCAAUGCAGGACAAUAAGAAGAAGUCCAUCUUCCAAACCGAAAGUUUGCAAAGCAAGAGCCCACAUUGUUUUUCAUUCAUUUAUGCCCUUGUUCAACCAUCACAGACAUUACAAUAAGUUCAAAAAGGCUUUUGCUUCUGAUAAAAUUAAACUAGCUCUAUAAUUGUCUCAAGAUUGAAUGUAUGAAUAUGUAUGCAAUGUAUAUAGUAAUGUAUUAUGUACAAAAAGAGUGUUAUAUCCCUGCAUUGAAGCGUAGUCAUGGCUUCUGUCAUGGGCUUCAGAACAUUGGAGUGCAGUACUGCUGUUGCACAGAUGAUGGCGCUUUUUCACAAUCUAUAAAUGUGAUGCAGAAUAAAGUCUCAUAAUUGAUCCCUGAAGUUGAAAACAAUUUGUUUGAAUAAAGUUGGUUUGAAAUAAUAGCCAAAAAAGAA